AUGAAGAUUCAACCAAUAGUUCUCGGUCUUUGUACCCUGCUAGAGUUCUUUUUCCUAUUCACCUUCACAACAUCUAUGGAGAAUUCUGUAUACUUUGAUGACCUUUCAGUAAUCUACACAUACAAUCGAUUUGCUGAGAUUGAAAAGGAAUGCAGCCCUUUUCUAUCUUCAGCUUCCGAGGUGAAACCCGAUGACAGUAGAGGCUAUAGGCUUAAGAAUGAGCUAUCUUUCUUUGAGGGAGAUUGGGAGCAGGAGAUUGGUGGAGCACCAUUAAUGCCGUUUGAUGACAGUGACAUUCCAAUGGAUGGUUCAUCUCUCACCUCUCCCCUAAGUUUGGUUGGGUUUGAGGUGAAAGAUGUCAAUCCUGUCCAUCUGUUUGAAAAUGCAGUUAGUCUCCGAGGAACUAUGUGUAUUGGCUUGUCUAGAAAUAGCUCAUUGAUUUAUGGUGCAUACUCGAAGUUCUACAUGAGGCCCGGUAUGUCUGUCCUCAAAAUUGCAUUUGAAGGAGUUUACAUCGAAACUGAAGCGAGCAGAGGGGAACGCUUUGUUUGUAUGUUGGGUGAUACCACUCUGCCACUUUGGAAAUGGAUUGAUGAUCCCUCGGAUAUGAUAAGCAAUGUGAGUACUUUGAGCAAUCUUCAGCCUCAUCUCUUGCAAGAUGAUAGGAUUUUGCUGGUUAUUCGAUACCCCCAAACUUUCAAUUUGACUAAAAGAGCAAUCUUGGGGGAGAUGAAAAGUUUGAAUGAACCAAGAAGUUUUAGAUACUUUGAUAAUGUUCACAUAUCUUCUCAGUUUGAUGAAUUGGUGGAAGAUGGUGUCAACAAGUUUAAUGGCACUGAGUUUUGUAAGGUCCUAAGGAGUUUUUCAAAUGAAGUUUACCAUGUUGAGCCACAUUGGAAAUUCAGCAGCAGAUAUGAAUUCCACAGUAGGUUGGGCCCUUUCCGUCUUGGAAGUGAACUUAAGGUUGUUGACUGGAGUUAUUAUAACUUUUGGCUCAUUAUACAAAGAAUCAUAUGUGAGCCAGAAACUACUCAAAAUGCGACUCACAAUGCCAGGGUUUCUGCAGUGUUCAGAUUAUUUUCUGGAUCAAUGGAGCCAGAUUCGGCAGCACUGGAAUGUGAUAAAGCAAGAAUGAGAACCGGCCUUUCUGGCUUUACACUGUCUGUUGAGGGAAUCUGGAAUUCCUCCAUUGGGAAGCUUUGCAUGGUUGGGUGUCUUGGAGUUGUUAAUUCGGGAUUGGAAGAAUGUCAUUCUCAGAUAUCAUUGUACUUUCCUCGUUCCUUUUCCAGCAGCCAGAGGACUAUCAUUAUUGGAAGCAUAUCCAGCAACACAAACGAAACAGAUGCAGGUGUUCCUAUAAUCUUUGGAUUAAAAAUGCAUCCCUCAGAUCUAUAUAACUAUGGCUGGUAUUCUAGGUCUUACCUAGCAUACAAUUACUCAAAGACUGACCUGGCUGGUGCUUUCAAGAGGAGAAGCCAGCCAUCUAAACUAAUGAUUGCUGCCAAGCAAUUGCUCCUGACAUAUCCAGCUCUGCAAGAUGGAGAAGACUUAUUUUCCUGCUUAGAUCAUCUCUCUUAUGGUCUCCGUAUUUCUGCCUAUGCAGUUCCCAAUCCACCAUAUGAUGACCACAGACCAGAGAUUUUUGUCCAAGUUGAGGUGCUCACGUUAGGUCCUUUAUUUGGACGGUAUGAACCAUGGCUGCAUAGGGAUAGUUAUCCUAUUAAUGCGCAACCUGAAAUCACUAGGUUUGAGGUCCUUAAUGUUUCACUGCAUCUAAUGUUCAAAGAUAAACAACUGAGCUUGGUGGACAAAUUCUAUAAAAACAUAUCAACAUUAUUUCUGGAGGGUCCAUAUGACCCACUGCUUGUAUUUAAUUGGUUGCAGGAAGGUUACAGUUGGCAGUACUACUAG